GUCACAUGGCUGCUCAGACACGUUAAAUAUGAUUUAGGGCCGCUGCUCACUGAUGCUGAACCGAACUGCAUCUUUGUAAAAUGGAUUAAGGGAUAGGACUGUUUCAGCUGUUUUAUUGUAAUUGCUAGAAGUUGAAAGUGUAAUGAACAUAAAGCGUGAUUAACCGUCCACGUCUACUCCCGCUGCCUGAAAGAAGCUUUUUAUUACGUUGCUGUUUCUCGUGUUGUGCUUGAUUAAGAGCUUCGGCCAAAGGAAACACAGCGAGGAACACUCGACUCUGUCAAAGCUAGAUACUGGUAUUUUAUUAAAACCAGUAUAUUUGCCAGUUCUAUUGAUUGUGAUCAUCUUCGACUCAAAAAACAAAUGAGAUGGGCCUAAGCAGGGUUUAAGCUGUUUAACAAAGGAGGAGAAAAUGCCUUUAUCUGAUAAAGUUGUGCACAGUUUCCAUUGGCGUGAGUUUUAUUUGUUAAUGCAGGCUGCACUAAAAGGAACUGAUAAACACAUAAUCCUGAGUAAUUGGUCCCAUCGAUUCUUAUUUAGCACAUAGCAGUAGUUAGCACGGUAUUCCCUUGUUUAAUUUUUAUUUUUUUAAAUGUGAAAGUCCCUCAUUUGCCCCCGUUGUGUUUUCAUUUCUUUAUUUUUUUAAUGUUGGCCCCGUGGUCUCGCAGACAAACACAGCCACAGCCCCGUGGAACAGAAUGUCGCAUCCAAUAUCCUGGUGCCAGAGGUGAUGCAGCUAAUUUGGUGGUCAGUCAGUGACAUGGCUAACAAACAAAGCCCUCGUUGGUCCUGGAGGGCAGGAAGCUCUGCUCGGCUGCGCAAUGCUCUGUUCUUCAUUGUGAAAGACCAGGAGUUGUUGCCACAAGGGACUAAUGCAGCCUAAAGCCUUGGGAUCUUCACCUUACUGCGGUCUGCAACUCUGGGUGUGGAUAUUUUGGUGCACAUGAAGUGAGGGUGUGCUUUUAAAAACAGUAACGGCGACAAAAACAAAUCUGUCCUCCAUCCAUUGUUUCAUGGAUUAAAUGCUUUUUGCAUUUCUAAUAAUAUACAUGUGAGAUCUCUGAGAUUAUGGAGUCAGGCUUGAUAUGCAAAUUUAAAAAGUUAAUGGGUAUUCAGAUUAGUCGGUGUCGCUUAUAAAAACAAAUCUUGAUGUUGUGUUACAUAAGUUUUGAUACGUGCACAGCCCCGCCCCCUGCGGUGACCCAAGUCACAUGUUAACCUACUGUUUGAAUCACACGAAUGGAAACUAAACUGUAAGACAUUUUAUUUAGACAUUUAUUUCUGACUCCUUUGAGGAAACACGGUCAUUUUACUUUCCUCUGGUCACUCUGUGAGACUUUUGCAUUUUAGUUCAGAUCCAGAGUCACACAGUAACUCAGCAGUCGAGGCGACGUUAAAAAAACACGGCGUAACUUCCUGGUGGUAAAGAGCCGCGUUCUAAAAUAUGCGUGCUCUCAAACGGAUAACCAUUUCUAUUGGCUCCGAUCGGCUACGUGAGUGUUUUUAACUUUAAACGGCACUCAAAAAGUUAUAAUUCUCCAACUGUUUACCAGUCACACUUGGAAAUAUACCCAUAAUUAGACCGUUCUUGAUGCAGUGAUACGAGGGGAAACGCAGUCUUCGGCGUCGCUUGAAGAUAGACAAACCAGUCUAAAGGAAAUCUCUUGAUUUCCUUUCACACGUUAUGCAUUCAGUUUCUAAGUGAUUUUAACUGAGGUGUGAUGGUGGUGCAGCGUUUUGAAAGGCUGUGAAUGUAGUGAGCGUGCGCCUAAACCCCCAGGGUCCCCUGUGCUGAACGCCUGGGGGGUUCUCUCCUUCACACAGCCUGCUCCCUGACACACUGAGCUGGUUCUGAGGGAUCACACAGCUGUCUUAAAUGCAGCUCUGUUUUUGCAUACUUUGCCCACACGGUUUUGUCUUUCUUUACACAGUCAGCAAUUUGUCAAUAUACCUUGUUUAUUCUCAGUGAUUGACAGUACGAAUUGGUUUUACUUUAGCAUGGGGGGGGCAGUUUCUUUUUCUGUUGGUAGCAUGAAUGUCUGUCAUUCUCCUUUUAUCAUUGAAAUUGGAGUUUAUCUUUUACAAGCCUGAGUGGAAUGUAUUUGUUUUUCAAGUGAUUAUUAGCAUCCUCCUCGGCUGCCGUCUCCGGCUGAUGAAAUGAGCACAUCAAACGGUGCUCUGUGCUAACGAAGCCGUGCAGGCUGGAUGGCUGGCUGCCUCCUGCCUCUUACUGUAAGGCACCUGCUGAAGUGACAGACUGGCAACAAAGGGUCCCUCGCCGUCAGUACCGCUGUAGAGUGGGUAGGACAAUGGAGCAGAGAGGUGGCCUGGGCUUUUAGCCGCGUGCCAACUCGUGUCCAAAGCACAACAGGAGCGACGGAGCACGAAGGGGAGGAGGUGGGGAGGAGGAGAAGAGCAAGGGACAUGGAUAAAGAGGAGGAGAGUGGCUGACACCUGCUUGUGCUUGAGCUCUUUCCUCAAUGAGGUGUACGGGAUCAAGCUCCUAACACCAUGGAUAUGGACAUGCAGCCACAAGGACAGCAAGCAGCUGUGCCAGAGUUUCAACCCCAGAAACCAUUGCAGCCAGAUAUGGGCCAUAAUUCACUGGCUAACUUCCAGAUUGAGAAGAAGAUUGGACGCGGCCAGUUCAGCGAGGUGUACCGAGCGAGGUAUCUGCUGGACAACACGUCUAUGGCCCUGAAGAAAAUUCAGAUAUUCAACUUGAUGGAUGCCAAAGCUCGGCAAGAUUGCAUCAAAGAGAUAGAUCUCCUUAAGCAAUUGAACCAUCCCAAUGUGAUAAAAUACCACGCGUCUUUUAUUGAGGACAAUGAGCUGAACAUAGUACUGGAGCUAGCAGAUGCUGGAGACCUCUCUCGUAUGAUCAAGCACUUUAAGAAGCAGAGAAGGCUUAUCCCAGAGAAAACAGUGUGGAAGUACUUUGUUCAGCUCUGCAGUGCGCUUGAACAUAUGCACUCUCGGAGAGUCAUGCACAGAGACAUCAAGCCAGCCAACGUAUUCAUCACAGCUACUGGAGUAGUUAAGCUAGGAGACUUGGGACUGGGGCGAUUCUUCAGCUCUAAAACAACUGCUGCUCACUCGCUGGUGGGUACUCCUUACUACAUGUCACCGGAGAGGAUACAUGAAAACGGCUACAACUUCAAAUCUGACAUCUGGUCGCUAGGAUGCCUGCUCUAUGAGAUGGCAGCCUUACAGAGUCCGUUCUAUGGGGAUAAGAUGAACCUCUACUCACUUUGUAAGAAGAUAGAACAGUGUGACUACCCCCCUCUUCCCUCAGAUCACUAUUCAGAGGAGCUGAGGAAAUUGGUAGAUAUGUGCAUCAACCCGGACCCGGAGAAGAGGCCGGACAUCACCUACGUGUAUGACAUUGCCAAACACAUGCAGAGCAUGACGCAGGGCAGCUAAGCCCAGAGUUACGCACACCAUGCCUUGCAGAACUCCUGUCCACGACCUUCUUGCUUUUCAAGCUGGACUCGUCCGUCUUCAUUAAUAGAAAACUUGCUCCAGUUUCUUGUCAUCAAUAGUAACACGUUUUUUUAAUUUUCAGAGUGCUCGUUCAGUCUGUAACCUUUUCUCCCCUCGAGUAAAGAAUAUAUUAUAUUACCAGUGCAGCUCCUUUCCUAGACUUUAAUGUGUAUUGUAUCUCACCGAUGUGUCGCUACGGCUUUCAAACACGUCAUUCUGCUCAUGUCAGACUGUUUCUCAGUAUACGUACUGCUAAAGCAGAGGUACUGGAAAGAGAUGGGCGCAAUGUUCAGUCAACAGUCGAUCAGUGCAAAAUAUCAUUAAAUUUGACCUGGAAAGCUCUCGAUGACCUACAGUCGCCUCAGAUGGCACAAAAAAUAAAAUUAGUGUCUAAAAAUGGAGCGAAGAGACGUUCGCUCAUUGACAGCAACUCUGCAGAGUCUAAUUGCGGUUGAAGUGUUGUUGUGUUGCACUUUUUACCCUGGUACUGGAAGGCUGGCAGGGUGAUCAUGUCUAAUGAAUGUAUUAGAAAAGGAAGGAUCGUUUAGAGGGUAGACUACAGCUGUGCUGAGGGGACACGAGCAAAUGUCUCCACAACACUUUGAAUGUAAGUCAUUGUGACGCCCAUGUAUUGUCUUUGAAAAUAUCACAGUGUGUCUUUUCUGAGAGCCGAGCAGGCAAAGAAACUGUAACAGCAGCAGUGUUACAUGUGACGUUCACGUGCUCACGAUACCAACACGGUUCCCUCCAUGACUGAACUAACGAGAGAUGAACUGCAGCUGCAGAGUUUCGUUUGUGUCCGAGCCAUCAGAAAAGUAGAUUAGCUACACAAAACUGCGUUAAUGCUGCUGUGUAAGUUGCAGUGCGUGUGUCUUUUAUGUAACAAGGGAGAAGUUACUGAUCCAUGCUAAAAGUACAGCACAGGUACCAGCCAAUCGGAGGAGAGGAGACGGUUUAUAUGUGGGAGAGCAUCUUUAUGAGUUCUAUGCUUUACCAAAGAUUUGUACUGAGGGGGAAACAUUUAGUUGUACUGUAGCUGGAAAUAAACACCACCAAAGAAUAACAAAGGAAACCAUUAAAAUGAUCCGUUUGUGCCUUUAGAGGCAGACGACUUAAAUAGAAACAGGAAGUGGUUUACGUAACGACAGCGACGAUACAGCGAAGGUGUAGCCUGUAAACGAGGUUCGACGCUGCUUUAUUUCAGUGUCUUACACGUUAGCGUCAGACCCUGUAAACUCACACGUCCUCUGUUUCUAAUGUUUGUUUUUGUCAACAUACAAAGUGCGAGCUUCCAGGUCCGAGGCAGCGCAGGUUCUUUUGUGUUCACAGAAAAUGUUGCAGUUAUUUGUCUGAUACUUGCAAACGCAGUGUUUGCAGUUUGUGUUUGCAGUUUGUGUUUGCUGCCGUUCACCUCGUCCUAGAUUUUGGUCCUUCGUUGUUUUACGUUCCCAUGACGAUAAAAGUGUUUCUGCUCUCUUAAAUUUUCAUCAUCUUCACCUGCAGUCCUGUUAAUCUCGUCUGUGUAGCACCAAAACAUUGCAGUAUUUUAGAGUUUUUAAAGGAGCUGUGGCACUAUUUUUAUUAAAUAUUUUGCUUUGAUGCUAUACAGAAUUCCUACGCUCAGUGUUUUAGGGCCUUUUAUGCUUUUUCUUUGAAGCAUAUCUAACUAAGGCACCUGAUCAUUUAUGUUAAAGUGCAUUUCUAACAGCAGCAGAGCGCCGCAGAUGCGGAACAAAUGUUAAUACUUUGUUAAAAUCUUCUGUUGGUCCUCACACAGCGCUCGGUCACUUUAACCAUCACGGCGCUCGUGUUGUCUUGAUGCGUCGCAGCGCUCCACUGUGCCUCUUUUAGCUUUGCCCUGUUUAUCUUCCACGUGUCCUCCUCAGCAUAGUAUUGAAGAGUCCAGGUGUCGGCCACAAUGCAAAGUACUGGUAAUUGAUAUUUAUUAUUUUGUUAGUUUAGUUUUCUCAGUGAACAUUUCAUGUCAGAAACAGACCCAUGACACGCCUUGUACGCAAACUCGAUGUAAUAAAGCUUUCAAAUGUCA